AUUGUCAAAGCGUCAAACACGACUGGCUCGUGCUGGUCAAAGCUUUCUUUUCCUCUCAUUGUUACCUAUCUUCUUCUUCUUCUUCUUGAGAUUUAGAUCUUGGAUUCGGUGUUGGUUGUGAAAGGAGAAGCCUUUAAGCGUUUUUGAGAACUUGUGGAUCGGUUUUGGACGCAUCUUUCAUUGAAUGGCGCAAAAUGCUAAGGUUCCUAAAUUUGGAGACUGGGAAGGUACUGAUGUUCCUUAUACUCAAUGUUUUGAUGAUGCUCGAAGGGUUAAAAAUGCAGGGAGAAUGAUCAAUCCAAAUGAUCCUCAAGAAAAUCCGGAAGCUUUUUCUCAAGAUAGGCCAUCAGCACAGGAUGAAGGAGAGCACCGAAGACCAAAACAUGAGAGACGUGCUAGCAGGGAAGACAGUGAAUUUCAUCGUUCCACUGACCCAUCCCAUCAGAGGAGGGCAAGGAGGGCUAGUACUGGUUCUGACCGUAGCGUAGAGCAGUCUCCCCUUCACCACCAUCACCAGUCAAAAUCUGCAAAAGGUGGAGUUUCUCCAUCUGCAUUGGAAAGAAGGGCUUCUUCUGAAGCUCAUGGAGUUGGUUCCCGCACUCCGGUAAGAUCCAGAUUGAAAAAUGCUGGCCGAGGUGAUGAAACUCCGGAUAAAGGGUCAACAGUGCCGGAGUUUGGCGGAUGGGAAAAGGAUCCUAAUUCAGCUGAUGGUUACACUGGCAUCUUUGAUAAUCUGAGAGCAGAGAAGCAGGAUGGCUCUGCGAGAGUGCCCAUUGUGAGCAAUGAUCCAUAUCAGACUAAUGGCCACAAGCGUAGUUCUCAAAAUACGGGCUGUUCAUGCUUCAGUUGGCUCAAAAAAUGAGGUUUGCUGGUGUUAAGAGUUGAAGAUUGGCCUGUAAAUAGACGACGAAAGAAGAAGGCCAGAGUAUAUCAAGGAUCUUCCUUGAAGAGUACAUUCUUUAUUUUCUUGUGUGCUUUGUGUUGCGGUAAUUUGAGUUCUAUGAACAAGUGGAAUUUUUUUUUUUCUCAUGUUUUUUUUGUAUCUUCUUUAGCUCUUCUUUAGAUUUCUUUGUGAUGUUUGUUGACAAUGGUAUGAUUCUUUUUAUUGUGUCUUAUGGUUAUUCUCAAUUGCA